AUGUACGGGCUCCCAGGGGACCCCAACAGCGUGCGCCUAAACCGUAACGCUACCGAGACAAGGAUCCAUUCCCUGUGGAACCAUCUUGUCGAGACAGCCUCGCGCCAGACCGGAUCCCUCCUCAUCUGGGACACGGGGACAUUUACCGUUCUCCCGCGUCGUACCAAGCACUCCCCUAGCAAAGAUCCUUCCUCUCCAGCAGCAAGCUCCUCCUCGCAAGAUGUCGAUGGCGAGAAAAUCACUCAGCAGCAUCUCCUGGAACAAGCGUUUCGCGACCGGAAAAUCCGUCUCCGAUUACACGGGUUUAAGCUCCCCAAUCCAUACGUUUUGAAUAUCCGCCUGACCAAAUCGGAAGACGCCCAUGGAAGAGCAACGAGUACAACACCCAAACGUCGGCCAAGAGCCCGACCAAAGGCUGUUGAUCCCGAAACAAGCCCAUCAGAGGAGGAUGAACAGCCCACACACUCGGAGGAGGAAAGUCAUCUCGUUUCCAGGGAAGAAGACGAUGGCCAAGCGUCCGCCACGGACCGCGAGAUUCGCGAGAUAGAAGACGACCAAACUCCAUAUCGCGAUAUCGAGCCCUGUCCCCCUGUCCUGCGAGAGCCGAUAGCUGAAUAG